CUCCUGGGCAUCCAAUGGGAGGGAAGACUGGGAUCGAGCUCCGAUCGAGGCUAAGAAGCACUGAAGGACUAAGACCCAGCCGUUCCUGCUCGCCGUUGCAGCUGCUUCUGCCUCUGUCCACCGAGGCAGUUCACCCCAGGCCUAUCUCCGAGGUCUGCCAGCGGCUACUUCCCACAGCCUCCGCCAUGGGUCUGGAGCUCUACCUGGACCUGAUGUCCCAGCCCUGCCGUGCCGUCUACAUCUUCGCCAAGAAGAACGGCAUCCCCUUCCAGCUGCGUACCAUCGAGCUGCUUAAAGGUCAGCAGUACACUGAUGCCUUUGCCCAGGUGAACCCUUUGAGGAAGGUGCCGGCUUUGAAGGAUGGGGACUUCGUCUUGGCAGAGAGUGUGGCCAUCUUGCUGUAUUUGAGUAGAAAGUACAAGGCCCCUGACCACUGGUACCCUCAGGACUUGCAGACCCGAGCUCGUGUGGAUGAGUACCUGGCUUGGCAGCACACAGCCCUGCGGAGCUGUUGCACCAGGGCCAUGUGGCAGAAGAUGAUGUUCCCUGUGUUCCUGGGACAGCCAGUUCCUCCUGAGAUGUUGGCAUCCACCUUGGCCGAACUGGAUGGGUGCCUGCAGAUGCUGGAGGACAAGUUCCUGCAGAACCAGGCCUUCCUAACAGGACCCCAAAUCUCCGUGGCUGACUUGGUGGCCAUCACGGAGCUGAUGCAUGAUGAAGGCCUGUCAGUGCUGGCUGCAAAAUCUUUGAGAGCCGACCCAAACUGGCUGCGUGGCGUCAGCGGGUGGAAGCCGAAGUGGGGGAGAGCCUCUUCCAGGAGGCCCAUGAAGUCGUCCUGAAGGCCAAAGAUAUGCCUCCCUUGAUGGACCCGACCUUGAAGGAGAAACUGAAGCUCUCUGUGCAAUACUUACUGCACUGAGGGAACAG